GAGGAGUACGGCCCCGUCAUCGAGUGCGACAUCGUCAAGGACUAUGCGUUCGUGCACAUGGAGCGCGCCGAGGACGCCGUCGAGGCCAUCCGGGGCCUCGACAACACUGAGUUCCAAGGCAAGCGCAUGCGCGUGCAGCUCUCCACGAGCCGCCUGAGGACGGCGCCCGGCAUGGGCGACAAGAGCGGCUGCUACCGCUGCGGCAAGGAGGGCCACUGGUCCAAGGAGUGCCCCGUGGACCGGGCAGGCCAGGCGGCCGAGCUGGCCGAGGCCUUCACGGAGCAGUACGGCGCCGUGCGCACGCCCUACGCCACCGCCUACGGCGACGCCGUCUACUACGACGACGCCUACGGCAACAUGGUCGACUACUACAAGCGCUACCGCGUGCGCUCCUACGGCGCCGCCUACGACGCCUACGCCGAGCAGACCAUGGCGCAGUACUCGCA